AUGUCAAAUAAUAGUGUAAAACGUCCAGGUGUUGGGGUGGGGGUGUUGGUGACGGACUCAGCCCACCCAGGCUGCGUUCUCCUCGGGAAACGGAGAAGCGCCGUGGGCAGAGGGACAUACCAGCUCCCCGGUGGCCACUUGGAGUUUGGGUACGUAGCUAGCUAGCAUACCCCAUUCAUACUUAUUUCACAACACACACUUAACAGCACUUUUUACAGCUAAUAUUUACAAUGCACGGUCAUGUAUGAAUGUUUUAUCUUGGACUUCAUUCAAAUAAUUCAGCUUAUUUGUCGCUUUAUCAUCAAACAGGCUGUUCUACUUACGCUAUGAUAAGCAUUGUGUUGUUGUAAAUAUACACAUUACAGUGUAAUAAUAAUGUUAUUGGUUGCCUGUAAUUAUGCCGAAUUCUUAUGAAGUGUUCAGAAAAUAGUGUGACACAUGUAAGAUUAGCAAAACCACAUAUGCUUUCUUAAAAAAGUGGAAAACCUGUAAAUGUAAUGAAAAAUAAAUGGGGUUUGGUUAUAAGCAGAAAAGUGAACCAAGGUUAUAUUCAACAGCCAUUCAUCUCAAAGUAAAGCCCCAGUUCGCUGAGGAGUUGGACAGUUGUGGUUGUGCAUUUUCACAAGUAUCUGUUGCCUGUUAACUGUAGAGAAACCAAACCAGUGCAUGUGACAUUCAUUUCUAUGUCACUGUAAGAGAGACAUGGGAGGAGUGCGCUCACAGAGAGGUGCUGGAGGAAGCAGGGGUGCAUUUGGUGAAUGUCCGCUUUGCAUCAGUGGUGAACUCCAUCAAACUUGAGGAGCAGUACCACUACGUCACCAUAAUUAUGCAAGGGGAACUGGACAAGAAGCAGCCUGGGGAGCCAGAGAACCUGGAGCCAGAGAAAAAUGAGGGUAUGUUUUUGUUUGUCUCUCCUGGCACUGAGUGGGAAAAAAAAGCCUGCCACUAAUACAGUGUGUGUAUCUCCUAAUCCAGGUUGGACGUGGACACAGUGGGACCAGUUUCCUCCAGAGGAACAGCUCUUCUUGCCAUUAGCCGGUUUGAGACAACAAGGCUUCCGGCCAUUUGGGAACAAAGUCACAAACACUGAAACGCUGCUCUGA